GAACCACACGGGGACCAGCAGGGAGCUGAUCCAUACUGGGGCGGAGGAGUUGCGCUUUCAGCUCUCAACACGUUCGUGGAUCCGGACUUAAAGUCAAGAAGUUGUGCUUUUAAAUUCCAGGCCUCCUGACCCAUUCGUUGAUUGGGCAUUAAUGCCGUUUUACCUCCGCAAAUGAGCAGGACACUCCUUUGGAAGCCUUUUGGGGUUGAAGGCAGACGGUGCGCUAUGUUGGACAUGAGUUGUCUUUUACUACCCAAGUAGUGUAUGUUUGUUUGCGGACAGACGCUGGCCAGAGGAGAUAGGACCUACUGCGCUCCACCUUGGAAAAUAGCGACCCAAUGUCGAUGCCGCUGCGGUGCGUAACGCUGCGUCUCAGAGGGAAGGACACGAGGAGAGGACACGAGAAGACGAGGAUAGGGCGCGAGGAGGAGCGCACCGACGCAUCCGCGGAGCGCGCCUCAAGUGACACAGGAGUGGUCCUACCUGGUGCAACUCCUGUAGCAAGCCAUCAGAGGAGUAAAGACUGUGGUGUGCGUCCGGAAAAGAUGACCAGUGAAGGUCUCCAGCUUUGGAUAGUUGUCCUGGCUUUGGGGUCAGUGGCAGUCCAUGGAUACCCGUCCAAGAUCAACGUCAAGGAGAGGGUCGAUGCUUCAGCCGCUCAGGUAGCGUUGGGGAGCAGCGGGGGAGACCGGCAGCCCACUCUGGAGGAGCUCCAGGGGGAGAACCUGCUCCAGACCCUCCCCCCUGCCUCCUCUUCCAGGGAGGGGCGCUGGUCCAAGCACCGUCUCCAGGGCCUCCUGCCACAGCCAGCACCAGAGGAGGAGCCUCAGCCUUUCAUCCUGGACCUGAGGAACUUCCCCGACCUGGCCAACGCAGACCUGGGCGCCCAGAAUCCUAACAUCCAGGUGACCAUCGAGGUGGUGGACGGGCCCCAGAGGGAGGCGGAGGUGGAGAUGGAGAUGGACCUGGUGAAGGACGGCCAGCGCAACGACUGGUCCGCCUCCUCGGAGAUGCCCGAGGGCCACCGGAAGCUCUUCUGGCCCCUGUUCUGGGAGUACCCGGACCCCGUGGAGGAGGGGGCACCCGGGCUGGCCGCCGAGCCCACCGGCCGGGACUACGGCCAAGACCCCGAGGAGCCCGCCCUCAGCGGGGUGGGGGGAGACUGGGGGUCUCGCUGGAACAAGGGCUGGGACAUCAAAGAUAACUCUGAGUACGAGGAGGAGUGGAGCCACUGGGCCCCCUGCAGUGUCUCCUGUGGCCAGGGCACCCAGAAGCGCCUGCGUUCCUGCGGCUACGCGUGUACGGCCACCGAGUCCCGGACUUGUGACCUGGACGGCUGCCCCGAUGACAUGGAUGCGGUGAGCUCUCCUACUCCACCCCAGACCACCAACAGCACGGAUGCCCUUGACACAAACGUGGACAGCUGCGAGAAGUGGCUGAGCUGCAAGAACGACUUCCUCCGUCAGUACCUGCACCAGGUGCUGACGGAGCUGCCCAGCUGCCCGUGCGCCUACCCCUCGGAGGCGGUGUACAGCGCCGUGCACCUGGCCGACCCGCGGCUCCGCCACACCUACCGCUGGAGGGACGCCAGCGGGCCCAAGGAGCGGCUGGACAUCUACAAGCCGUCGGCCCGCUUCUGCCUGCGCUCCAUGCUCUCCUACGACAGCACCACGCUGGCCGCACAGCACUGUUGCUACGACGACCAGAUGAGGCUGAUCACGCGCGGGAAGGGCGCCGGCGCGCCCAACCUCAUCAGCACCGAGUUCUCACCGGAGCUGCACCACAAGGUGGACGUGCUGCCCUGGAUCCUGUGCAAGGGCGACUGGAGCCUGUUCCACUCGGUGCGGCCGCCCAACAACGGGCUGGCCUGCGCCCACAACCCCGGGGAGGAGGUGUACCGGGACGAGCUGCGGGAGGCCCGCGAGUACUGAGGACCUGAGGACGGGGUCUCCGCCCUGGGGGAGUGGCACGCCGCGGCGUGGCACUGGUCGACUCAGAGGGGUCUCAAGUGGAUGGACUCUGAUAACACACACGCCUCCCUCCUCUCUAAGAAGAGGGCUUAGUGUUCCUCCAACGCUAACGAGGUUCCCGCCCAGCCGGGAGGAGGUCCUCGUAGGGACGGAGGGGUCUGGAGGGCCAACACCUGGAGACAUGAAUGUGUGUUCUCCAGGGGCAGAAGUGUUGUUAAUGGGGUUGUAGUAUAAGCUGUGUCGAUGAUAUCCUGGUCACGUCAUACAUUGAGACUGAACAGGAGAACUAGGAGAGGAUUGAGGAGAGUCAGGCCUUGGAUGAUGAACGGCCUGAAAUCAGUCAUGGAAGCUGAAUAUGAGGUCUGUUUUUAGAUGUUCCUCGUCAUUGAGCACCAUUAGACACUCUUUACACCAACAACGCUAUAAUCAGGUGUGAAUACAGGUCUUCAGUCUGAACCCCCGUGCCGACAUACGUAACAGGCUGCAUGGAUGACCUCGGUUCGUCAACUCAUCACUGGGGACAGUCUAGAUUGGAAAAGACGUGUGACUUCGUUUUUGUGAGAUAUUGAAAGCAUUGAUAGUAUAUUAAGAGGGGAUAAAAAUUUACUCGUCCUUUUGAGCAUUUUAGUAAGAUCUAGUCUAAAAUAAUAUAUAGACCUGUGCUGCUGCUAUUCUAUCGUGAUGUGCUUAGCCAAUCCGGGCGGUUGGAGUGGUAUUGGUUGUAGUCAUGUUUGUAAUGUUUGUUUGUGUUUCAGUGUGUGUGUGUGUUGA